CGGCCCGGAUUGGAGCGAGCGGAGUAAACAAAGCCGCGAGGAGGAGGACAGCUCUCCACAUCUCCACACGGUCCGACCGACGCGCCGAAUCCCACUUUUACGCACAGGGGAGGGAGGGCGGCCCCGGCGGCGCGUGCACGUCUGCUAAAGGUUGAAAGUUACUCCGACCAUCUCACGUUAAUUGUUGACGCUCUGCAAAGACUUUUGGAAAAGAUAAAGGGAAACUUGCCGUCGUUGUUUCAGUCCGGACGUUACGCAGCUGUGACAUAGUAGACAGUGAUUCUCAAACUGCAGCGCGCAACUAUUUAUAAGUAGAUAUCCGAGAAAUUGUUUGUCUAGCUUAUUUAUGUCGUUUGUUUUCUAAUAGUUGUUUUUCUUUUCUUUCUUUUUUUUUUUUUUUUUAGCUUUUUAACUAGAUACAAUUUCAAAUAUUUUAUCAUUGAAGUUUAGCCGGAGCAGACGGAGCCAUCGCAUGCGCAACGCGGGCAUUUAGAGAAACUCUGAACGGUUAGAAUCGGGCUCUGACCUCAGAGGAUGGUCCGAUAAUCCGAAGGCAGAGAGACAGAGGGUAUAGCUAAUAAACCGAAGCGAGAAGCCACUUUUUGGGUCACGAAGGCGCGUUUGUGCUAAAGUGAGUGAGUGUCCGUCAUCCGAGUGUCCCGCGGAGCGGUGCGCAGCCUCCAGCUCGGGCCGGCGCUGCUGACAUGCUGCCCAAAGUCGAGACUGAAUCCUUGGGACUCUCUCGAUCGUAUGGGGAACAGGGGCACAUGCCCAGGAACAUGCAAGCCCCCCAGUUAAAAAUGAUGGACUACUCCUAUGACGAAGACCUGGACGAGAUGUGUCCUGUGUGCGGAGACAAGGUUUCAGGCUAUCACUACGGACUCCUGACCUGCGAGAGCUGCAAGGGCUUCUUCAAGCGCACCGUCCAGAACAACAAGCGCUACACAUGUAUAGAGAACCAGAGCUGCCAGAUUGACAAGACCCAGAGAAAGCGCUGCCCGUACUGCCGCUUCCAAAAGUGCCUCACCGUCGGCAUGAAGCUAGAAGCUGUGCGGGCAGACCGCAUGCGUGGCGGUCGCAACAAGUUUGGCCCAAUGUACAAACGUGACCGUGCCCUCAAGCAGCAAAAGAAGGCGCUGAUACGAGCGAACGGCCUGAAGAUCGAGGCCAUGAGCCAGGUGAUGCAGGCUGUACCCACUGACCUCACUAUUUCCUCAGCCAUCCAGAACAUUCACUCAGCAGCCUCCAAGGGCCUCCAGCUGAGCCACCAUGCUGGCCACCACAGCAGUCACCACCACCACCACCAUCACCACCAUCAUGCCACUGCUCUGCCCCCUACAGACUACGACCGCAGUCCAUUUGUCACUUCGCCAGUCAGCAUGGCAAUGCCGCCGCAUGCUGGCAGCCUGCAGGGCUACCAGGCGGCCUACGGACACUUUCAGGGCACGCGCACCAUCAAGUCAGAGUACCCAGACCCAUACACCAGCUCGCCAGAGUCCAUCAUGGGCUACGCUUAUGUUGACGCCUACCAGUCAGGCUCGCCGCCCAGCUUCCCCCACCUGAUCGUAGAGUUCCUGAAGUGUGAGCCGGACGAGCCGCAGGUUCAGGCUAAGAUCCUGGCAUAUCUGCAGCAGGAGCAGGCCAGCCGGGGCAAACACGAAAAGCUCAACACAUUUGGCCUGAUGUGCAAGAUGGCCGACCAAACACUCUUCUCCAUCGUGGAGUGGGCACGCAGCAGCAUUUUCUUCCGUGAACUCAAGGUGGAUGAUCAGAUGAAGCUGUUGCAGAACUGCUGGAGUGAACUUCUCAUCCUCGACCACGUUUUCCGGCAGGUGGUGCAUGCGAAGGAGGGCUCCAUCCUGUUGGUCACAGGCCAGCAGGUGGACUAUGCAGUGAUUGCUUCCCAGGCAGGAGCCACCCUCAACAAUCUGUUGAGCCAUGCCCAAGAGAUGGUAGCCAAACUACGCUCCCUGCAGCUGGACCAGCGGGAGUUCGUCUGCCUCAAGUUCCUGGUCCUCUUCAGCCUGGAUGUGAAGAACCUGGAGAACUUCCACCUGGUGGAGAGUGUCCAGGAGCAGGUCAACGCGGCGCUGCUGGACUACGUCAUGUGUAACUACCCCCAGCAAACGGACAAGUUUGGCCAGCUGCUCCUGCGGCUGCCGGAGAUCCGAGCCAUUAGCCUGCAGGCUGAAGAAUACCUUUACUACAAACACCUGAACGGCGACGUGCCCUGCAACAACCUGCUCAUUGAAAUGCUGCACGCCAAAAGAGCUUGAACAGGAGACGGACUGUUCCCGGCUUUUAAAGCAACUGCAAAGACGUUUAUUUUCCCCUGCUGCACAAAAGAGUCAACAUAUUGAUCCGGGUCACAUUUGACUGUGCAGUGAUCGGGAGAGAGGAGAGCAGCAAGAGUCAGACUGAGCUCAUUUUGAUGUUCAACCAGUGAUAUGAGGCCGAGAUCGGAAGACUCACAAUAUGCGCAGACCCGCGCAUAUGGAUCCCUUUAUUGUAAAUAUUAAAAUAAAAUACGACAAAAAGUUAGCAAAGAGGCAUCACUUGUCCUCAACCUCAGAAAAAGACCAUUUUCAGAGUUGAAAAAAAAGAAGAAAAAAUGCUUGAAGCAAAUCACAGGUGAGACUCAGUAACACAGCUUCAGCAAUGGACAGCGACCGAGCAUUUUUGCACUGGUGACAGCAAAACGGGACUUUUGUGCUGAGAAAAGAAGCAAAAUAACACUGCCCAUCCUCCAGACAGCUCUGAACCGACGAGCUGAUGAACCUCUCGUGCGAUCUCCCACUGAAACUGGCUUUUAGCUGUUGUCGGUACUGUAAAAAGUCAAACGAACACGCAGCCAACCAGGCAAGAGACUCGACUAACAUGUCUGUUUUUUGAACUCCCACAAGAUGCCUGUCACAGCAAGUUAACCUAACUCAGACAGGAGGACCGAAGGUUAGAAUAUCAGUUCCGGAAACAGAAACUUUUAAUUCGCAAAUGCUUAAUUGUCUAAUUGGAAAAGAAUGUGAUUUUUUCUUGAAAUGGAAGUCAUUUGCUUCUCACAGUCACCUCGUUGCUCCCGGUUUCUUAUUCCAUGUUCUCAGAAUCAUCUUUAACUAUGUACCUCAGAAAAGAGCAGUGUUAGAUUGAUUUACCCAAUGUCAGCUUAAAUAAUUGUAUUUACAGACCCUUUUUUUUUCCCGGACACAAAAACAAAACUCUUUGUUUAAUUCUUUCAUUAAAACUGGAACAAAACAGUGUGUGAUUCAAAAGACAGAGAAGGUCGGAUCCUGCCUUGCUCUGAAAAGACCAAAGCCUGCUGCAGACCAGAGGGAAGAAAUAACUAAAUACCUUCAAAAUCAGUGUUAUAAGAGGAAAACAAAUUGUGAUGUCACAGUCAUGUGAGUCUUGCCUUAUUCAUUACCAUGCUAGCUAACAGUGCAGAUGUGAAUGAAAAUAUGUACAAAUACAUAUAAAUAUAUAUAUAUAAAGUAUUAAUGUUGUAAAAAAAAUUUAAAACGAUUAAAAAAAAGAGUAAUUCAACAGGUGUUUACAUUCAUGUCGUCAUAUGGGAGAGAACUGUGAUGAUGCAUAAAUUGCAAAGCAAUGAUUUCCUAACAAAAAAGAAAAAAAUGAAGAAAAAAUAUCCUGCGUUUGUUUUGUGAACAGUGUUUAUUUUUUCAUGUCAUUGUAUUGAGCAGUACUUAAAUUAUGUCGUGAGACACUAAAAUCAAAGAGGAAUCACACAAAUAUUAAUUUCUGUGUCGGUUGACAUUCAAAACAUUUGUUUUAUGAGCGUUGCUGUCAAGGAUUCUGCUUCUCUCAGCAUUUUAUUUGUAAAACAUUUCUUUUUUUUUCUCCUUUUUUUAUUAACAAUUCUGUGGCAUUUUUGAUGUACAGUAUUUCGCUUAAUGAUGAAGAUAAUUUAUUGCGUCGCUGGGUCUCUUUGCUUUGUGUUACCUGACAUGAAGUGUCCACACCAGAAUAAAUUGGUUUACUGUAGCAUGCUCUUUGUUUUGUUUCUGAGUGGUUCUGAGAUGCAGGUCUGCAGAAAAAAAGUAAUGGUUUCAAAAGAAAAAAAGUCUCCUAAGUUUCAAGUCUGUACAUUAAGAACAAUAUUGUAUUUAAAUGGAUAUGUGUGAAAGAUGUUUGUACCACAUCAGUGUUUUUUUUUUAAUAAUUGGAUUGCAAACUGCAUCUUUGUGCUUUCUGGUUUGCUCUUAUACCAAAGACUGCAUCUCUACCCUGUAAUCUGUAGCUUUUAGUAUCGUGUCCAAAAUUAACACUAAAUUUGAUUUCUUAACAUUUCAACAGCCCACAUUGUCCUCAUGCCACAUUUCUCCACAUGCGCAGUAAUUACUUUUUUUUUUCUAAUUCAAAAAUGUCUCCACUCCAGCCUCCCUCAAAAACCUGAAUUGUGUAACUCAUCAAAAUGUUUAAUAAGACAUGGAAUGAUCAUAAGUCUUUCCAGUGGCAUGUUUAAUGUACAGAGAAUUCCCUUAAACCCCACGUCAAUAAGCUGUUUCUGAUCUGAGCCUCCUCAUUGGUUCCCUUCCUUCACCGUGUCUCCUGAUCAGACAAUCUUACCUGUUAUCCUCUCCAAAUUCUGUGUCAAGAUCCUGCAAAUGCCUUGAACUUCCUGUAACAUAGAGGUAAACUCCAGAAUACAUGCCUGCACUGCAGGCAUCUAUGUGGUUAUUGCAGAAGUCCUGUUUUCGUUUCCUCUCCACAUGAUUGUUGCAACACGGCUGCAGUUCUGCUUCAGCACAGAGCCCUUUUGUGUAAGGAUAGUUGAAUAAAUGCUCAGAGGAAGUGUGUUUGGUGACUUUGCAGUCAGAAGUUAAGAGACGCGGAGAGAAAUCCAGCGGUUUGCUUCACAACAACCAAUCUUUAUGCGGUUACUGUCAAACAGACUCGUAGGCAAGAUAAAUGAUUUGUCAAAGACUUUUUGUACACACGUGGACACAUAAAACAUCAAGAUGCCCUUUCUUUCCUGCUUGACUGACUUUUGCUCCUCCUGUUGACAUUCAGAAUGCUCCUAUCACUAUCUAGUCCUAGGCUCUCUCUCUGAAGCUAGCUGAAACUUUUCUCGUAUGUCAAUAAAUUAUUAUCAUGCUUAUAACACCG